CAGGUUUGAGUUACGGAGAUUUGGUUCCCACUUCUCCGUGGGACAGAAAAAAAGGAGAGGUGGCAAGGAAGGCUGUGGUAGAGUGAGAGAGAAGCUGCUGGUCAGAGCCACAAUGAAAACACUUGUCCUCUUGCUGCUGGUGCUCCUGGACCUGGGGCAGGCCCAAGGAUCACUCCACAGGGUGCCCCUCAGGAAGUAUCAGUCCCUCCGGAAGAAGCUGCGGGCUCAGGGCCAGCUCUCUGAGUUCUGGAAAUCACAGAAUUUGAACAUGAUCCAGUACACCGAGUCGUGCACAAUGGACCAGAGUGCCAAUGAGCCCCUCAUCAACUACUUGGAUAUGGAAUACUUCGGCACCAUCUCCGUUGGCUCUCCACCACAGAAUUUCACCGUCAUCUUUGACACUGGCUCCUCUAACCUCUGGGUCCCCUCUGUGUACUGCACCAGCCCAGCAUGCAAGACACACGCCAGGUUCUACCCUUCCCAGUCCGACACCUACAGUACAGUAGGGAGCCAUUUCUCCAUUCAUUACGGGACUGGGAGCUUGUCUGGAAUCAUCGGAGCCGAUCAAGUCUCUGUGGAAGGACUGACUGUGGUCAGCCAGCAGUUCGGAGAGAGUGUCACGGAGCCUGGCCAGACCUUUGUGAAUGCGGAGUUUGAUGGAAUUCUGGGCCUGGGAUACCCCUCCUUGGCUGUUGGAGGGGUGACCCCAGUGUUUGACAACAUGAUGGCCCAGAACCUGGUGGAUGUGCCUAUGUUUUCUGUCUAUAUGAGCAGUGACCUAGAAGGUGGUGCAGGGAGCGAGCUGAUUUUCGGAGGCUAUGAUCACUCCCAUUUCUCUGGGAGCCUGAAUUGGGUCCCGGUCACCAAGCAAGGUUACUGGCAGAUUGCUUUGGACACAAUCCAGGUGGGAGGUGCUGUGAUAUUCUGCUCAGAGGGCUGCCAGGCCAUUGUGGACACAGGGACCUCCCUCAUCACAGGACCCUCGGAGGAGAUCAAGCAGCUGCAAAAGGCCAUUGGAGCAGAGCCCACCAAUGGAGAAUACGCUGUGGAGUGUGACAACCUCAAUGUCAUGCCAGAUGUCACCUUCACCAUCAAUGGAGUCCCCUACACCCUCCAACCAACUGCCUAUACCCUUCCGGAUUCUGUAGAUGAAACGGAGUUCUGCUUCAGUGGCUUUCAAGGUCUUGACAUCCAGCCUCCAGCUGGGCCGCUCUGGAUCCUGGGCGAUGUCUUCAUCAGACAGUUUUACUCUGUCUUUGACCGUGGGAAUAACCGUGUGGGUCUGGCCCCAGCUGUCCCCUAAAUAGGGGCCUUGUGUCUGUGCCUGUCUGCCUGAUACCCCGUGGAAAUCCAGCUGGGCCUAUUAGGUUGGGCAUUCUUUAUAUCUGUGAAAAAGUCAUUUUCAAUAGAAUGCAUUCGUUUCAGAGCUGCAAGUUGAAUUAUAACCAAACAGAGCGCGCGCGUGCGCGCAC